AUGAAGGCUACAGGUGCCUUAGUGCUUCUCAGCCUGCUGCUGCUCUCUUUCUUCUCGGAUGUAGCAGGUCAAGACAUUGAAGAGAUUUGUAGAGAGUUUGUGAACAGAAGCGUGUACUGCACGAGGGAGUCCAACCCUCACUGCGGCACGGAUGGCAUCACGUACGGAAACAAGUGUGCCUUCUGCAAGGCAGUGCUGAGAAGUGGAGGGAAAAUAAGAUUGAAGCACCUGGGGAAAUGCUGA